AGGGGGCGGUACCUCCUGGUCGAAGACACCCGAUAGAAUAUCAUCGAGCGUAGAAGAAGAAGACACUUCCGGCACCAUACAGCGACUGGCGCUAAACGGAGAACUACAGGAAGGAUGUCCUGUAACACCAGUGUGACUCGUGUCCGUAUGUCGUCAGUGGGCCAGGCACAGACAGCUCCAGUCCAUCUACUGCCCUGUGAGGUUGAACACGACGGGCCAGCCCAGGUCGCACAAUAUUUCACAGCGACCACUAAAGACCGAAAAUAUGAGAAGACGGUGUCAUUCAGGGGGCGUGGGUUGAAGGGGCAGGAGCUCAGCUGUCCACAGGGCUACACUGGCCUGGUGCUGAAAGACAUCAACAAGCCCGGCUCUGACCAAGAGGACAGGACAGUGAAGGUGUCCUCUGUGUUCGACAAGCUGACUUACUGGAACAUGGAGACAUCUCCGAAUUCUGACGACACUGUUGUGAUGGCAAUGGAUUGGCCAGAGCUUGCUGAAGCUAUCCACGGGCCGGUCGAAGACUGAAGUUAGAGACCAAACCUCCUGCUGAGAAAAGACUGGUUGAUAUCACCUCAACGUGUUUGGAAUGAAAUGUACAGAUACUGCUGGUUACCGGCCUGUAAAACGACUUCCGACAUACAUGUGUAGUGUUAAUGUUGCAGAGCAAUAAGUUACAAGUGUAACAUUUAUAUUUUUGUACAUGUUCUCUUGUUGUGAAAUAAUAAAAAAUGUGAAAAGAC